UAUAUAUGCGAGAAGGACAAACUCCCACAGGGCAGCAGACGACCCCGUGCCAUAACAGCCAGCUGCAGGACUUUCUCACCACUCUGUCCACGUUUGACCUGGAACACAGAUGACAGCAUUUGGCUCCCGAGUUUUGCUCCUUGCCCCCAUCCUCCUCCUCCUCUGCUUGUCCUCCUUCGUGCUUUACGCCGGCUUCCUGGAGCAGACGUUUUCCCCCAACAAACCUCCAACUGAUGCUCCUCAGAGGAACAUCACCAUCCUCCUCUGGCACUGGCCUUUCGGUCGCUCCUACGGGCUCAGUGGAGACAAAUGCCUGGAGAUGUACAACAUCAGCCAUUGCUUCCUCACGGACAAUAGAUUGGCCUUCUCCGCCGCUGACGUGGUGGUGUUCCACCAUACUGAGCUGAGCAGAGGAUGGUCCUCACUCCCUGUGCACCUGACCCGUCCUCCAUCUCAGCACUGGGUGUGGUUGUCCUUGGAGCCUCCUGUCAAUAACAUGAACCUCAUCCGUUUCAACGGCUUCUUCAACUGGACUAUGACCUACAGACGGGAUGCAGACAUACCCGUCCCGUAUGGUCUGACCCUGCCGGGAGGUGAAGGUCACCAUUAUACGCCUCCUGAAAAUCGCUCCUGCCUCAUCAGCUGGGUAGUGAGCAGAUACCUGCCGGACCAGGCUCGGGCCAGAGUCUACCAGAGUCUGAAGAAACACGUCCACAUCGAGGUGUAUGGUAAGUGGAGCAACAAGCCGCUGUCACACAACAACCUGUUACCCACCAUCAGCCGCUGCCUCUUUUAUUUAGCGUUUGAGAACUCGGAGGCGACGGAUUACAUCACUGAAAAGCUCUGGAGGAACUCUUUCCAAGCAGGGGUGGUUCCAGUGGUUCUAGGCCCCAGCAGAACCACCUAUGAGGCCCUGGCUCCACCUGGAUCCUUCAUCCACGUGGCUGAUUUCAAAAGCACGGCGCACCUGGCUGCGUACUUGAAAAGUUUGUCUUCAGACAGACAGGCGUAUGAGGCGUAUCUUCACUGGCACCGCACCCACAAAAUCAAAACCUACACAGACUGGAGAGAGAGGCUGUGCCAGAUCUGUGUCCGAUACCCCACAUUACCGCCCAACAAGGUGUACGAGGACCUGCAGGGUUGGGUUUACCGUUAG